AUGCCAUCUUCUAGUAUUACCAGCUCUCCAGAUUCUGCUCGCACCCGUGGAAGUGGUCCACGACCCCAGGCUCGGUCAGCUGGGAUGGCAGAGAGACCAUCCCGAAACGAGAGCUUGUCAGACCUUGUUCGCUUCUUUCAAACCCAAAACAUGCCCCUGCCAGCGGCUUCAUCCGAAUCACCAAAAAUUGGUUCCCCAGACUCCACAACAGCAUUGCCAACCGUUGUGUCCCCAGAGCCUAAGGAACCGAUGAACGAUUUGGCUAUCAUCCCCUUGAAGGAGCAAUCUAAGCCUUUACAUCGACGCCUCCUGCAGUUCACACAACGUCAGAAAAAGGAGUCAUCCUUACCUCGUUCGAAGUCUGACGAAAAUAAGAAGCAGAUAGAGGCACUACAGCGAGAAGGAUAUCUGCUGUCUUCCGCGAAACCCAAGAGUGGUCUUGACCGACCGAAGAACAGCAUGGACCGAUCGAAGACCAGCUUCGAUUGGCCAAAGAAUAGUUUGGAGCGAAAAUUCUCGAAAUCCAAGAAGCAGGAUGUCGAAGCAAUUGGUCGGCCAUGGCUGAGCAGGAGCGAUAGCAAUCGCAGCUCAAAUGAUCCAAAGCGUCGCUUGGCGUCACUGGACUUGGACGACUUUGGUUCCAUGCUCGAUGUUGCAGUUUCACUAUCCGAAUUCGAUGAUACAUCGCCACCUCCUUAUCAGCCCUCAACUCCCAAUGCACUCGUCUCUCGCGGCUCUCCGAUCCCUUCAUCGCUUUCCACGUCUGCAUUGUCCAUGCCGCGACCAUCAUCGGAGGCUUGUUCACGAGACAAUGAUAGAUCAAUGUCAUCGUCGGCUUCUGUCGCUGGUACUCAAGCAAGUGGACUCAAAGAUGAUGAGCUCUCACGGCCUUCAAGCUCGAUCAAAUCGAGCACAAGAAUCGUCGAUCAAGACAGUCAAGCUUCUUCUCGGCCAUCAAGUAUUCCAUCCAUCAGUGCGACAACCACAACAGAGCAGUCUCUUGGAAGUGAACCGGAUACAGCCCAAACUGCUCAACAACCCAAAGCACCAAGCCACUCACCUCCCAACCCACCUGGGAACACUCCCUCGCCACCCUCCUUGAAACUUUUUCCAGAUGUGGCACCUCCUCGUAUCUCCAGUAAGAAUGCUUGGAGACUGUCAGGCACACCCCGAUAUCAAACCACCACCAAGACUGCUCCACCAGCGAAGUCUGAUGUCAGUGCAGAGUCGCCGAAGCCCAGAGCAUCUUUGGAGAUGCGACGGCCGCAGACCGAGACAGCCUCGCUUGCUUCCACGAAGAAUGAAGAGGAGCCAACAUGUUCAGGUGCUAUGGGCAUUGCAAUUAGCACCGACUCGCCUUCCACUGAGGUCAAAAGGCCACAAACUGUCCCAGAGCCUGUUCAAGGACAAAGAAAGUCGCGUCCGCCUUCGCUGGCUAUGGGUACCUUGAAGGCAUUUCCUCUGCCAGCACCAACCAGACCAUUGCCAUCUAUCCCCAAACCCAACACCCUUGCUCCUCCUGUAGACUCGAGAAUACCUUCUACAGUACGAGCAAUCCGGUCUGCAUCCAAAAUCUGCGAUAUCCAGAAUUCGCAGCCAUCCCCCAUUGCUGAGGAACCACCUCGCGAUCCUGAUACACGUCCUGCUACAGUACUUGGUCAAACCAGCAUCGGUCGGUCGUCAGACGAUGACGACGAAAAAUCGUCGCCUCAAACAACGCUAGAACGACCCAAGUCAGCUUCGCCAGAACAGUGCACACCAAGACGACGUUCCUCAAGCAUUGGUGUAUCUCGAAUCCAGGAGUUUCCCGAGAGCCCAGACCGCAGCGACGAUCAAGUUGCCAAUGGCCAACCCUUGGCCGACUCUCCCGUGCUAGGGAAGUUACCCGAGAAGCCCCAUGGGAAGCGAGCGACGCGCAAGGGACUACACAUCAACCCCCGCGCUGAUCGCAAACAUCUUCCCUUCGGUCUUCCAUCUCCUCCUCCCACUGCAUCUCUUCCCGCAGAGCCAACUUUACAGCAAUCCACAGAGCGCAUGGUCCAUCGCAAUUACACAGCACCUAUCAGCAGUAGCGCCAACCACUCGAAGAACAUGGACAUGAGUUAUGGUCCUCAUAGUCAUCGAGCCUCGAUGAUCUCCCGCAGCAACAGCUCUCGAAGCAGUCUGCGCCAUGAGAGUAUCCCCGAGUCAUCAUUUGAGCAUUCUUCUGCUAAAGCUGAAUCUCCACUUGCUUCCUCCGAUGACGAAGCAUUUGGUCCCAGUGGAGGGAAACAAAGGCCACUUCUCAUCGACGAAAAUCAGACACAGAAGCCACGAGCCCAAACAGUGCGGCGUGGCUAUGAAACUGCGGAUGGGCGCAGUCGCCCCGGCCGACUACGCUAUCCAGGCCCAAUUAGACCCUCGACGCCGCAAGGCCGAAAGAAUAAUGGUGCCGACAAGUCUUUAUCUCCACAGUCCGCCUAUUCUCAGUCUACCAUGCGCUCGCGUGACUCUCACAGUAGUCACCGCGUGCCAACUUCCAGCCAGACCGCGAAUCAGAUCCUUGAGGAUCGAAUCGCUAAGCUUGAACACCAAAACCAGGUUCUUCAGGCAGCUCUCAUGGCAGCUCUGAAUGCGGGUAUCAAGCCCAACAUUGAUCUCCAUGAAUCUGCCGCUCCUCUUAAUUUCAAUGCCGCAGGAGCCAGCAACUCCUACCAAGGACGAUUCGCACCGCGACCAGACAGUUGGAUGAGUUCUUCUCGAGGUAGUGAACUCAGCGGGUUCGACACACCGGGAUCCGUUCGUGAUGCUCGAGCAAAUACUCGUCAACUGGAAAACAUGUUUGAGGAUGGUGAAGCCGGCUGGCUAUCUGACAAGUCAAGUAUCGGCGGAGUCCACUCUAUGAGUCGACACCGCUGA